GUCACCUUGUAAUGAAAGAAAACGGAGCUGGCCAUGACAUUGCUAUGGAGGGACCUAACGAUUUGUUCGUAGGCAACUGCGAUGGUGCAGGAGAGUCUGAGACAAAUGAUCAGGUUUUCCAGCAUCUAACGUGCAUGGAUUCCAGGGAUCCACUGUUUGGCCAGAGUGACUCUCCUGCUGCCUUGCCCAUCACAGUCCACCUCUUAGGCAGUUCUGCAGCCUCAGCUGUGCCGGCACGGCCACCCCAGCCACGGGCUCCCUCUGCAGAGGAGUUCCAGCUGGCAGACCAAACCAGGCAGCCUCUCUGUGAGCUGCAGCCCCCAGGAGGGCCCAGUGCACCCAUGAUGAUUGUUGCCAGCCAGUCAGAAGAUGGACAGGUGCUGCAUGUCAUUCCUUCUGCUCAGCCAGGAGUGACCCAAGUGAUUAUUCCUCAAGGUCGGCUUCUGGAUGUGACCAGCACACAGGAUGCUUCGGAAGAGAACUGUGGUGAUGGGAACCUGCAGACUGUGGUGGUGGCUGCUAUAGCAGACAGUGCAAGCAGUUACAUUCUACACCCACAGGCAUCUCUCACUGUAUCAAAAAAACCAACCACCAGGGUAGUGGAAGAUCCUUUUCAUAUCCCCCACCAACCUUUGCCACUAAAUACUCCUGCAUGGGCACGCUGUCUCAGGAACUGUGAGAAAAUUGGGGACUCGUACCGCGGCUAUUGUGUGAGUGAGACAGAAUUAGAGAGUGUUCUAACGCUACACAAGCAGCAAACACAAAGUGUGUGGGGGACACGCCAGUCUCCAAGCCCAGCCAAACCCGCCACACGGUUGAUGUGGAAAUCUCAGUAUGUCCCAUAUGAUGGGAUCCCCUUUGUCAAUGCAGGAAGCAGAGCCAUUGUAAUGGAGUGUCAAUAUGGGCCAAGGAGGAAAGGUUUCCAGCCCAAAAAAGCUGGUGAGCAGGAAAGCACCUCUGGCCAUCUGUACAAAGCCACUUGUCCAGCCAGAAUCUAUAUUAAAAAGGUUCAGAAGUUUCCAGAAUACAGGGUUCCUACUGAUCCUAAAAUUGACAAGAAAAUCAUAAGAAUGGAGCAGGAGAAAGCAUUCAACAUUCUGAAGAAGAACUUGAUAGAUGCUGGCGGUAUCCUCAGGUGGUAUGUACAGUUACCCACUCAGCAAGCCCACCAAUACCAUGAAAUGGAAACGUCCUGCCUCCCUCCUUCACCCUCCCAUUUUCCUGUGUCUUCUCCUGAGGAGGAGGAGGAGGUUGUUAGAGAUGAGAACUGUGCUCUGCCUUCUCGACUUCAUCCUCAAGUGGCAGACAAGAUCCGAGAACUGGUGUCUCAGGGAAUAGAGCAGGUCUAUGCAGUGAGGAAGCAACUAAGAAAGUAUGUGGAAAGAGAGUUAUUCACGCCUGAUGAAGUGCCAGAAAGACAUAAUCUGUCCUUCUUCCCCACUGUGAAUGACAUCAAGAACCACAUUCAUGAAGUACAGAAGUCCCUAAGGAAUGGAGAGAUGGUGUAUAAUUCAGAAAGUAUCCCAGCAAUGCUGCAAUGGACCACAGACAGUGGGAAUGUCCUCACAGAAACAGUGACUGUUACAUUUGCCUCACCACCUUCAGAUGGGAGCUCAGGAGGGGAGUCAGUCAUCACCAAAGCAGAAUCUAACCAGAGUGGGGAGUCCUUGCCACCAGAAACAGCCCAGCUGUUGUCUUCACUCUCUUCACUUCAGCCCAAGAUAUUUGCACAACUUCAGGGAUUACAGCUGCAGUCAGCAUUUACCUCCACAAAUGGAUCAGCAGCCCUGAUAGCUGUAAAUAACCAUUCCCCUCCCAGCCCUGCAAGUCUCCUGGAUUCCCCAGGGAGUGCAAUAACCAGCCAUUCUCUAACACUUAAUCAGGGACAUAACCUGCAAGCAGGUGCUGGCCUAACACAGCACGGUGCUGCUGCCUCUGCUUUUGGGACUCCACCUGGCUCUGAUCAAAGUCUGGCUGCCAUGGGCCAGUUGGUACCAGCUGGAGGUGUAAAUGACUCCAGAAGCCUGCAAGGAGUUCAUCAGAUUCUCUUGGGAGAUGUACAGACUAUUCCAGUUCAGAUUGUGGACAACCAGCCAGCACUUACUGAAGAAAAUACGAAGGGUAUUACCUGUGUGAGCCAAGUUAAACAAGAGCCAAGAGAAAAAGCGUUGUCUAUGGAACCAGAUAAAAUCAGAGACUGCCACAGUUCCUCACCAUAGUUCUUCACCUACACCUCUGAAGCCUGGAAGGAUUUUUCAAAUUGGAGAACUCUAAUGUCUUGGAAGGAAAGGCAGGUGCUCUCAAAGUCCUACCAUUCUUUUUUAAUUGUACUGUGACAUUUAGACUAAGCAUACUUUAGAGUUGUUCUGACAGAAAGCUGUUUUGAUUUGACUGAUGUGGCUCACUGCCAAUUCCAGGUCAUUCAGUUGCCCUGUGGAACACCACCUCUCUCUUCUGUUUCAAGCUUUGAGUAAUUUGAUUGCUAUCCAAAUGGCCCAUUUUGGUUAAUGUUUCUGAAGGUCUUCCACAGUUUAAUUCCUUAGCUUUAAAGUGUGGAUCACAAUGCUGGGUUUGCUUUUUCUCCUUGAGACCCUCGACUGUUGUUGCACUACAGAGACCAUAGAAUCUGUCAGCUCCAAGAUCACAGAAUCCAAUGGCAAAGUUGAUCAGUAUGGCAAUGGUUUUGUGACAAAAUGAAGGUCAGGAUGCUAAACUGCAAAGUGAUAAAGAACAUGGAUGCUUAAGAAAAUGCAACUUCGACCUGGUCAUAAUGUUAAUGGUGUGAAGAUCAAGGAGAGGAGAAAGGAAAACAAAGCUUUUCUUCCCAACUGAAUUAACUUGCUGCUCUCCUCAUCCAUCUGACUGCAGCUCUGUCUACCUCAAGCAUACUCAGCAUCCAGCCAAAUGUCUCUUUCUUCACACUUACUAAGGCUUCCAGAGAAAUCCCAUCCAUCGGGUCCUCCAGUCUCAAUGUUUCGCUGCUGGACUGUUGAAACAGCUGCUGAGUUCCCUGCACAAUUAAAUAGUGGUGAGAUUUGCCCCUGUCAGUUUUUCUUCCUGUUUCCUCAGAAUCCUACAUCCAUAUGUUCCUUUUAAUUCCAUUAAUUUUUUUCCUUGCUUGCUCUGGGGGUCAUCAUCAUCAUUACCUGGAUGAAUAUCAGGGAGCCACAUUUCACAGGACAUCAUUACAUUCAUAGCAACUGAAAGAUUUCAUAAAACAAGGAGGGAAAGGAUGGUUUCUGCCAGCUGUUAGGGCUGGGCUCUUUCAUACCACUUGAAUUCCUGAUUCUGGCUGUGGAUAGUAGCUGCCUGUUAGCUUGUCUGUCUGUUGGCAAACUUACAAUUUUCUCCCUUAAGCCUAUCCAAGCAGAUAUGUUCUCAGAUGUCUAGGCAGGAAAAGUCUGUUCCAUUAGGGAUAGAAAGAGUGAUAUAGCUGAGGAUGGUGCUGUGAAAAGUUACUGCUCUUCACGGAUCUCUGAUGAGAAAAUUGUCUUUGAUCUGCCCUGCCCUUCUGAACAAAGCUUUCUUAGGAAUAGACUUCAGAGCCCAUGCCAUCAGUAACAAUUAUCUUCUCCCAGCAACAGUGCACCUCAUUAAUGAAUGAAACAAGCAUUAUGUAAAACAGGCUGUGUUGAUUUUUCAGGUCAGAAGCUAUCCAGGUGGUCUAUCCAACAGCAGCAACUAAGAACAUGAAACAUUCCAAGCUGCACCUCAAAACCGAGCCUGAAAGGAUCAUUUACCUCUGAGAGUACUCCAGAUAACUGUCAAGAGACCAGAGCACAGAACAGAAGAGGAAGGGAAGUUUGCAACAAGCUGCUUACAGGAGAUAGAAAGCUCUCAAAGUUACAGCUGAAGAUUGCAUUUUCUUCUGGCUGAAAUGGCUCACUGUAGAUGAGCAGUAUAGAAACAAAUUUCUCGUUUUAAAAAACUGCACUAUCCUCGGUUUCCCACAUUUGGGGAUAAAUUUCCUCUCUGCCUUACUGUGCUGGAGGUUGAUUCCUUACAUGACUGAAAUGUAAGAUGCCAUUAGGUUUUGCUUAAGGAGGGAGAGAUACCGGGGUGAAUUCUGCUGUCCCCUUCACUCCAGAAGUUCUCACAGGAACUGUGAGAACCUGCCACAGGUUUUGCUUCUGCAUCUCCACAGAGGCCAGCACAACUGCAGAGCUGUGCUGAUGAGAGCACUGUUGUGCACUGUGUGCACCAGCACGUUAUCAGUACAAAGAACUGUCCAUCUCCCCCUUCCGUUGUUUCGAAUCCAUAUCUGUCUGAGAGUCUGGCCCACUGGGCCCCCACAAAUGACUCUUUGAGCACAGCUUGAAAGAGAGCAGAGGAGAGGGUGAGGAAGUUCCUUAUCUCCAGCUUGUAGUUUGUGCUUCUGUACUGGGUACAGGUGCCCAGGUGUGGGUGACCCUGUGCAGGACACAGCUGGUUCCAGACAGCUCUGCAAUGGACCCACCACGGGGCACAGCUGAACACAUUGGUGAAGCUGCUGGCACCUCUGUGGAAGUGUAUUUAACACAGGGCAAAAUGCUGCAUGGCAGAGAGGAAUGAGGAAGAAGGUGAGAAAAACAGUCCUCUGAACACCAAGGUCAGAGAAGGAGAGGAGGAAUUCCUUCAGGUGCUGGAGUGUGCAUUUCCUUGCAGACCGUGGAGGAUCACAUACCAGAGCAGGUGGAGAUUUUUCUGAAGGAACUGCAGCCCAUGGAGAGGAGCCAUGUCAGAGCAGGCUUAUGCCGAAGGACUCCAGCCUGUGGAGAGCCUGCAUGGAAGCAGGCUUAUGCUGAACAACUGCAGCCUGUGGAGAGGACCCAUGAUGGAGCAAGGGAAAAGUGAGAGGAUGGAGUGAUAGAAAGGAGCUGUUACAGACUGACUGCAACUUCCCCAUUCCACUUUGCCCUGUGCUGCUUUGGACAGAGGGAGGCAGAGAAGUUGGGGGUUGAAAGUGUGAAGUUGAGUCUGAGGAAAGAGGGGAGCAUGAAGGGAAGGUGCUGAUUUAAUUUGCAUUUGUUUCUCACUGAUUUAAUCUAUUUUAAUUGGCAAUAAAUUAUUUUUUCUCACAUUGAAUCAGAUAUUGAAAUUUACAUCUGGACUCAGUGGAAAAUGCUUACUGAUUUCUGUUUGAUCACUGCAAGUCACUUUUGCUUUUAAUUUUUUAAUACAAUUCUUAAGGAUUUGAAGGAUUCAUUCUGUGUGUAGAAAGGAGUGUAACUUGUUUGAAUCAGAAGUUGUAUUUCUGGAUGUAUUCUGGUUAGGCCUUUCAAGUUCUGCUGGUUCACCUCUUCACUAAAGUAAAGCUCAGAUGGAGAAUUAACUCAGGAACAGGUCCAAUCCAUUACAUUUCAGCUGGAAAAGAAUACCAGCCAUAUUUUUACAGGUUUGAGCAUGGAAGAAUCAUUCUGAGGAGAGGAUGCUGCAUCAUGGAUUCUACUUUAUGGUAACUUUGGUAGUGCUGUUCUUACAGAUGUUAAGGAUGUGGCAUCUUUACAGCAUUAUGUUUGUCUGUGCUUCAGAAUGGAGCAAAGUUUGCAGUGAACAGCAUCCUUGGUGAAAGUGCUGUUAACUUUGGGAAAAGAAAUAAACAAAGCUUGGGAUUGAGAUUUCUAUUGUCGUGCUUUUCAGAGAUUAUUUUCCUGAAUGAGACGGGAACUUCGUUUAGAGGGUAGGUUUUAUAUGUGUGUUCUUAACUCCACCUGUGAAAAAUACCUGGCACUGGACACCAAGGGUAUCAAGACAGGGUACUAGCUGACAUGACACACUUAAUGGUUUCUAUUGGGGGCACUGUUUGGAAUACAAAAUUUACGGAUAGCUUCCUAAUAUUAGCUCAGUUAAUCUAUUUUUUCCCCUCUUUUCACAUCUCACUAUGAAAGGAAGAUUCUCUGUUAAAAGGAAGAUGGUGAAUUGUUAGUUGUCUGUCUGGAGGAUACAAAGCUAUUUGUGGUGGAUAAAGAAGACUUCUUUGAUAAUAAAUUAGAUGAGCUUCAGAAAGAAUUGCACUGUCAUUAUAACUUCAUCAAGUGAUGUCUUCCAGUGAUAUCACACACUGUUGAUUAUUGUCUUACAGUUUAUUUACUGUAUCAUCUAUUCAUUAGGCUUUUUUGGCUGUGUCAAGGCCAUGGAAGUAAUACAUGUGGCAC